CGCGCGCUCCGAUGCCCGGAUGGCCCGUGGCUUCCGGCGCUCUAUUCGCGGGCGGUAGAGGGCGCUCGUCACGGAACUCCGCUUUGUUAACGGGGCUCCAUGGCCGGCGUAGCCUUGGAGCGGCCCGGUUAAGAGCCAACGUCGCAUCGCUCAAGCUCCGGAGUGAAAUGGUCGCUCAGGUUCCAGACGCCGGGCCUCUGCGCUCCCCGUGAAGGGUCGGAGGAUGCGCGGGAAGUAGCAGCGGUCUGCUGGCGCCAGGAGACGGACAGCCCCGGGGACCUCUCUGAUCGCCGCGCUUCUCCUGCUGCGUGCCUCCAGGCCAAUGUGCAAUACCAACAUGUCUGUGUCUACCGAGGGUGCUGCAAGCACCUCACAGAUUCCAGCUUCGGAACAGGAGACUCUGGUUAGACCAAAACCAUUGCUUUUGAAGUUGUUAAAGUCCGUUGGAGCACAAAAAGAUACUUAUACUAUGAAAGAGAUUAUAUUUUAUAUUGGACAGUAUAUUAUGACGAAAAGAUUAUAUGACGAGAAGCAGCAGCAUAUUGUGUAUUGCUCAAAUGAUCUUCUAGGAGAUGUGUUUGGAGUCCCAAGUUUCUCUGUGAAGGAGCACAGGAAAAUAUAUGCAAUGAUCUACAGAAACUUAGUGGUUGUAAAUCAGCAAGACUCUAGCACACCACUGAAUGAGAGCAGAUGCCGGCCUGAAGGUGGGAGUGACCUGAAGGACCCUGUGCAAGAGCCACAAGAAGAGAAACCUUCAUCUUCUGAUUUAGUUUCUAGACCAUCUACCUCAUCUAGAAGGAGAUCCAUUAGUGAGACAGAAGAGAACACAGAUGAACUACCUGGUGAACGGCAAAGGAAGCGCCACAGAUCCUUGUCCUUUGAUGAGAGCCUGGGUCUAUGUGUGCUGAGGGAGAUGUGCUGUGAGCGCAGCAGCAGCAGCAGCAGCAGCAGCAGCAGCAGCAGCAGCAAGUCCACAGAGACGCCCUUGCAUCAGGAUCUCGAUGAUGGCAUAAGUGAACAUUCUGGUGAUUGCCUGGACCAGGAUUCAGUUUCUGAUCAGUUUAGUGUAGAAUUUGAAGUUGAGUCUCUUGACUCAGAAGAUUACAGCCUAAGUGACGAAGGGCUCGAGCUCUCAGAUGACGAUGAUGAGGUCUAUGGGGUCACAGUCUAUCAGACAGGAGAAAGUGAUGCAGACUCUUUUGAGGGAGAUCCUGAAAUUUCCUUAGCUGACUAUUGGAAAUGUACCUCAUGCAAUGAAAUGAAUCCUCCCCUUCCAUCACACUGCAACAGAUGUUGGACCGUUCGUGAGAACUGGCUUCCAGAGGAUAAAGGGAAAGAUAAAGUGGAAAUCUCUGAAAAAGCCAAGCUGGAAAACUCAGCUCAGGCAGAAGAAGGCUUAGAUGUGCCUGAUGGCAAAAAAGUGACAGAAGAGAGCGGUGCUAAGGAGCCAUGUGUGGAGGACAGUGAGGAGAAGGUCGCAGAGAUGCCUCUGUCACAGGAGAGUGAGGACUAUUCCCAGCCAUCAACUUCCAGCAGCAUUGUUUUUAGCAGCCAAGAAAGUGCCAAAGAGUUGAGGGAGGAAACGCAGGACAAAGAGGAAAGUAUGGAAUCUAGCUUCUCCGUGAAUGCCAUCGAACCAUGUGUGAUCUGCCAGGGGCGGCCUAAAAAUGGUUGCAUUGUUCACGGCAAAACGGGACACCUCAUGUCAUGUUUCACGUGUGCAAAGAAGCUAAAGAAAAGGAAUAAGCCCUGCCCAGUGUGCAGACAGCCAAUCCAGAUGAUUGUGCUGACUUACUUCAACUAGCUGACCUGCCUGUAAAGUAGAAUUUUAUAUUCCUAACUAUAUAACCCCCCAAAUUAGACAACAUGGGUACUAUUUUUAUACAUUAAAGCCAGAAAACUGUCUUAGUCCACAUAAAAUUCACUUGUAAUUUAUCCUCAAAAGUAAAUAUAGUGAAUGUUUUCUUCCUUUUAGGGAAAUUUCACUUGAUUACUUUAUAUUUGUGUUAUAAUAUAAUGUAAUUUGCACUGGCUAUUUUCAUUUUCCUUAUAUUUUAAAUAAUCUCCACUUGGAAGGACUUUGGAAGUGUACUUUGUGCAGUGAGAAAACCUCUCCUGUAGAUGAUGGUGGACCUUCCUCAGGAGGGGUACAGAAGAAGUAAUUGAUUUCUGUUUUUCUUUGUUAAUAAUAGGAACAUUUAAUUUAUUUAGUAUCUUUCAUGUAAAUAGUUAAAGACUAUGUGAAGGAUUGUAUAUUUAAGUUAUUGAAAUUCUGAAACUCCAUAGUUCUCUAAAAUGUGUGAGUUGUAGGCUGCAGAGAAGACUCCUCUGGUAAAGGCACCUGCUAUGUACGCCCAGUGACACACUUUUGAUCCUUGGAACCCCCAGAAAGAAGGAACCAGUUCACAAAGUUGUUCUCUGAUCUCCAAAUGAGCACAUAUACACACAUUUUUUAAAUGCAUGAGUUGCAUCUUGUAACCUCCCCUGCUCAGUUCCUGUUCUGCUGACAGAGCAGAAGUUUUCUGAGAUAAAAGAGAGCUCUGUUGUCUCUGCUGCUUCUCUGCCUUUUCUGAAGUUCCUGCCAGGAGCCACCACCUGCUGAGUGCUCCUAAGCUGAUGCUCCUAAGUAAAGGUGGGCUGUGAUCGCAGUCCUUUUGACUUGGUCUCUUAUUUCUCUCUCCAUCUAGUCUCCCCUAUUUUUCUCAGGCCCCUGCCUUUCUUUCAGGAACCUGGUUUGCAUAGCUGCUAGCCAGCUACAGCCUGCUAAUAGUAAGUGAAAACACACCUUAUUUUCCAGCUUUUUCAUUCUUUUGUCAUAUGGGGUGUGGCAUAAGUGUUACAGUCUGUCCCAAGUUGAAAAGUCUGUGGCCCUUAAAGCACCUUUUUGCCUCAGCUCCAUGGUUCCUGAUGGUUCCUAAGUUUCAGGCCUGUACUUAGGCUAGGUUUAGAAACCAGUCUGUUGAGACAUAUCAGAGCAUGGGUGAAGUGAACUCAUUUUAAAAUGAGUGCUCUAUCCGUGUAGAUUAAUUUCCUGAUUCACAAUAAGCAUCUUCCCCUUUGAUUGAAGGGUCAUGUCUUUUUCACAUGUCUAAGUAGAGAAAACAAACACCUGAGCUGUCAGGUUAGAGUAACCAAAGGGUAGCUUUGUAUCAAUGUUGGCUGAAAACAUCAAAGACAAGAGCAGUCCUCCCACAUCACAUGACUUAGCAUUUAAAUAGGAGCAGUGCUUCAGCCUUGCCAUCUAACCAGGUGGAGCCUCAUUCCCGUCCUUUUGUAUUAUUAGUUCUUAAAUAUUUAUUUAGGUAUGAUAUACAUGUUAUUGCAAAUAAAUGGUUUAUUGAAGAAUUAUGAAAA